AUGUCUGAUUGCUCUAGUGCCGCCCGCGUUGAUCUGGCCCAGUACGAAGCAUUGAUUAUCGAGAAACAUCUGAGCUUCACCGGAGCUAAUUAUCGGGCCCAGCUGCUGGAAACUGGCGCGGAUCUUCGCAGAGCCAUGAAUGGUUUAACAAGUGCUAUAGAGUAUUUCUGUAGCCAAGGCCGUGCGGAGCGGAUCCCUUUGAGCGUUUUGGCCUAUACCGCUGUGCCUCUUGUUCUCACUGCCAUCGAUGUGAAACUGUCCCCAACGCCGGCAGAAAUGACGAUCCGAAAACGUCGUCUCGAGCGUCUUGGAGAGAUCGUCCGACAUUCGAGGAUGCUUUAUGAUGUGGCUGACUACGUGGCUGCCGGGACCAACCAUAUUCUCCAGCUGGCAUACAUUACUACACAAGAAGCCUUUCUACGAUGCAGCACGAAUGCUAUCGGCUCCUCGCAGAUGGAGAUAGAAUCGUCGUCUGGUGGAAUGUCACUCGACGCGUCUGUCUUCAACGCGAAAAGAGUGACAAACUGGUACGACGCCUUCCUCAGUAGUCCUCGGGCAUAUUUGAGGAUAUCGGUGUCACUUGACUAUAGCCUUGCAACCGGUCGUCUGCCGUAUGACAACGCACUACCCCUGCUUGUCCGUCAGACACCCUGGGCCAAGAAACAACAGCGCCUGCCAUGGACCAUUGGGCUGGACACGGAUGACAGUGCAGUGUAUCCAGAUGCUCCUCGAAAUGGCCGUGUGACUGAGGACAUAAGUUCCAUAUCUCAGAUAAGCACUAUACCAGAAGAGCAACCUGUCGAUAUCCCCGAAGACGAUGAUACCGAGAGCCAAGGCGAUGCUCGAUUUCCAUUCAUCGCCGCAAUUGGAGAAUCUAUAAGGGAAGAAACCCUCAACCUGGCAGGCAGUUCCAGCCCUGAAGAGGGUAGUACUGGCGACGAUGCUAUCAACUUGAAUUUCUUUGAGUUUGGGAGUCAGCAGUUGGAUGACAUAUUGGAGAUGGAGACGGAGCAUACAUUGGAUGCGGAUCAAUCUCAACAUCUAGGGAUGGGUGCAUCGCGCUCUGGGAAAGAGAGGGCUGAUGACGUUGGUUUUGGUCAUGGUGGAUUUCAGUCUAUAUACACUUCAUUGUUGCGAGACACUGUUGCUUGA